CUGAAUACUUGGACAUAUAUUUCUACAAACAGGGGUCUUAAGAAGUGAGUUCCACUAUGGUUGUUGACCCUUUUAUUGCCAGCAACAUAAUGGCUGCAUUAGGCAAGCUGGACCCAGGGGAUAAUUUUUCAGACUUCACAGUCAUUGUUGACGGCAAAGAGUUCCAGUGUCAUCGUUUUAUCCUCAAUGCCUGCUCUGGGUUUUUCUCCGCUCUGCUGAGAUCAGGCAUGAAGGAGAGUAUUGAGAACAGGGUAACUGUUGAAGGAAUCUCCAGCGGAGUGUUCUCCCUUAUCUUAGAUUCCCUGUACAAAGGAGAAAAUGUUUUAACUCAAGAAAACGUGAUUGACGUGUGGUACGCUGUCAACCUGCUACAAAUCAGUUUCCUGGUCUCCGAGUGUGAGAAGUUUGUGGUUGAUAAUUUAAUCUCCAACAAUAAUUUAGGUGUGUAUAGACACGCCCAGACAUUAGAUUCCAAGACUGUGAAGAAAGCUAUUUUAGACGUGGUUGUGAAAGAGUUUGAGAAAUAUUCUCACACCCCGUGGCUACAGGAGCUCUACCCUGAGGACAUCCAGUACCUGGCCGAACAAGAUGACCUGCAGGUGUCCUCGGAGGAUGUUGUGGUGUCUGCUAUAUUAAAGUGGGCCUCGUACAGCUGUGAGGAUGACAGGGACGUGAAACAAAGUAUUAUCAUAAAGCAGUCUGGUGAAGGGGACCAGACAGAUGUAGCCAGAGAUGAACAAGAUGUAAACACUUCAGGGGACAGAGCAGUUGCUGAUGCUCUAGAAGACAGCAAGCAACAGAGCAGUGAGCUGUUAGCCUGCUCCAGACACAGACAGCAGUACCUGGGCAGUCUCCUGAAGGCAUGCCGGAUUUCUCUGGUCUCUGCAGACUGUAUAGAAGCGCUGAUGAACAACGACAUGGUCCUAGAGAACAAGCAGGCCAUGUCUGCCGUCCGUCAAGCCGUCAUGUCACACCUCAAGCCCAUGCCCUGGUCCUUCUCAUCUUUUCACCGGGCUUCAAGUUCAAUGGACAACGUGGCUGUUUUCAUUGAGAAAAAGUACGUUAAAGCUUACAGCUUGAGAAGAAAUAAAACAUACUUUGUUAGCAGUUUGCCCACAUCAGGUGAAGGCAGUUUGUCAUUGUCUGUCAUCAAUAACAACCUCUUCGCCUUGACGGUGUUUUCUAAAGGAGGUUUCUAUUCCCCGAGUAUCUUGCUGCACCACCAGAUUGAACAAGACAAAUGGUGCCAGGUUUUGGAAAACUUGCCGCUCCAGCAAGCCUUCGUCGCCCUUGACAACUAUGUUUACCUUUUCAACAGCGCCAACAUUUGCAGGUUCCCGGUCAGCGCUUUAAUCAGCAGAGACACUGCCCUGGAGAAAAUCUGCCCCUCCCCGCUGAAUAAGAGCAUCAACGUCUACGCCACCGUCACCCACAACAAAAAAAUUAUUUACUUUUGUGGCGAUAACCAACGGUCAUCGGGUUUGGUGUUUUGCCUGAACACCCAGACCAACACCAUCAACACCUUGGAGAACAUUGAGAUGGCUGACAACUUCAUAACUUUUAAAGAUGAACUAAACACGUACAUAUUGUACGACAACGGAACCCUCCAGCGCGUUAAAGACCACCCUGACAAAGGCGUUGAUUUUUUAUUCAUGACAAAACUUUGGGGGUUCUGCUGGAAAGUACAAGGCGCCAUCGCUUUCAACAGACACCUGUAUCUGUUUGGUAAGUCCACGUCAGUGUCCCCUGGGGACGUUCUGGACAACACUGAGGCCAGGUGGUCUACAUGCUUGGCUGGGUACUUUGACCACAUCAAAGUUGUUUUUGUGGACAGCAGGUGUCAGUGUUUGCCCAUGAUUAUGCCCAAGAGUUGGAUGGAUGAGACAGACAAAAAUUGCAAGCCCAAAUCUAACUGGGAUUAA